UUCGUUUUAAUUCUCUCUAUUCAACACAUGAAAAGAAGCUCUGAAAACGUAACCUUAAUUCGAUCAUAAAACAAGAUACUCGAUAUAUUCAAAAAUGUCAGAAAGCAUCUCAGAUUCUGAUUCUGCCAUGCUUGAAUUUGUUCGAAAAUACCUUCUUGAAGAUCCCGACAUCUCGAGUCCUCCACCGGUGCCACACGCUCCUUCCGACAAACCACAUUUCAGCCGGAGUUCAAGCUUCACAAGCCCUUUUUCAUUCGAAAAAUCCGUGGAACCAUCGUUUUGUGUCGACUCGUUUGUCGAUUCACUUACUUCUGUUAUAAGUUCAUGCAAAUCAUCAGGAGCAUUUAGCCCUAGCAGUAAUAGCAUUAUUAAUCCAUUUUUUCAAGAUAAUUGUCUAAUGAGUUCAUGCAGUGAGUCGACUCAGGGUCAGAGCCUGAGUCCAAGCUACACUCAAUCCCAUUCUUCACUAAAUCUUUGUCCAGACACAUCAAAUGUGUUCCAACUCACAAACUGGGAAGGUGGACCAUCACUUCACAGCCCGAGUUCCCCAGUUUCGGCUGAAACGGCGCAGUUUAAGGUCGACUUUUCGCUUGGAAAGGUCGAAAAGAUGCAGAAAAAUGAACAAAGAAGUAAAGAUUGGAGACGCUUUAGAGGCGUAAGGCGACGUCCAUGGGGAAAGUUUGCAGCCGAGAUAAAGAACCCGUCGAAGAAAGGGGCUCGAAUUUGGCUUGGAACGUUCUCCACACCCGAAGAAGCCGCAUUGGCUUACGAUCAAGCAGCUUUCAAGAUUCGCGGUUCGCGAGCCAUGGUUAACUUUCCUCAUUUGAUUGGGGCAAAAACAGUAAAACCUUUAUGUUCCUUGUCACAAGUAGCCUUGGAAUGUAAGUUGAAAAGCAAAGGCUUCCAAACAAAAACUGAAGAGUGACUCAUUUCCUCUAUCUCAUGUAGUUCCAAAACAAUAAGGACUUUGUAUCAUAGGUUAAUCUCUUUUGCAUGUCUUGUUUCUCAAACAUUUAAGUGGAAAUCAAUACAAGAGUUUGAGAUUAAAAGUUGAAGACUUGUACAGAUUUUUAUA